AACCCGACCCAAACCCCUACCCACUCCAACAGAGGCAAAAAGACGGGGCGACUCCGACUUCACCAACAAUCGGAGAGGCUGAUCUUCCAUUAAUGGCUUCGCCCCCUUUUCUGGGUAUCGCAGCGUCGCUCUCUCUCCUUCUGAUAUCUCUCCUCCUCGUCAGAUUCUUCCCUCUCAAUUCACCACCUCCUCCUCCUCCACCAUCGAGACUGUUUACUGCACAACAAUUGGCUAUCUACAAUGGCACUGAUGAUGGGUUGCCCAUCUUUUUAGCAAUUCUUGGGGAAAAAGUCAUUAUGGAGCAGGAGGGGGUUACAAUCAUUUUGCUGGAAGACUUUAAAAAUUUUGAUGAUCCCAGAGAUGCUUCUCGCGCAUUUGUCUCAGGGAAUUUUACAGGAGAUGGACUCACUGACUCAAUGCAUGGUUUGUCCAGCACUGAGGUGAAGAGUGUCGUUGACUGGCGAGAUUUUUACUUCAAAACGUACAUAUUUGUUGGCAAGCUAGUGGGUCGUUACUAUGAUAGCGAAGGGAAUCCCACAAAAUAUUUGAAAGGGGCUGAAGCAAAGGCUGCUAGAGGUGCACAACUGAUGGAGAAACAGAAAAAUGAAGAAGCUAAACUACCUAGCUGCAAUUCAAGGUGGAGUCAGGACACGGGUUCAGAGGUUUGGUGCGAUAAUGGUUAUCCAAGGUUAAUUCAAAAACCACUAGAAAUGGCUAUAACUGGGAAAGUGAGCAAGCGCUGUGCUUGCUUCAAUGAAGAGGAACUAAACCAGCCCGGAUUGGAAGUCUACAGUGGAUGUGAUCAUUUUGCAAAGCUAUGUCGACUUUAGGCAGUGCGAAAUUGUUGUUCGUAAAUAAUUAGUUGAUUUCAUGAAGGGAAAGGGAGAGUUAGUAAUACACAAGUAGAAGUAUAUGACGAAGCAGGAGGAAAAAGGCUAAUAGAAGCGAUGAUAUGGUUUGAAAUAUUUAUAUUUAUGUAACUCAUGAUAAAAGCACUACAAGAUUGUUUCUGUUUGUUUUAUUUCUUUUGGUUACUAGUUUUAGAUUAUCUUUUUUUAAUAGAUUUUGAUGUUUAAAUAACUCAUGAUAAAAAAGCACUACUAGAUUGUUUCUGUUUAUUGAUAGAGUUGCUCGUCA